CCCCUCAGUCCUACCCGGAAGGGGGUGUGUUUCACGGCGGUGUUAUUGUAAGUUUAGGUUGAGGGAAGUUGGAUAGUUAGCUAGGUAGCUAGCAGGUUACUUGCGAGUUGGUUUAAGAAUCCGGCCUAGUUAAUAAUACCAGCAGGCUGCUUUCCUGACAUCAUGGAACGGAUAAUUAAAGAUGUCGGGGAUAUUCAGUCCAGGCUGACAGACCACAGGCCUGUAAUCCAGGGGGAGAUACGCUACUUUGUCAGGGAGUUUGAGGAGAAGCGUGGCUUCAGAGAUGGGCGCUUGCUGGAGAACCUCUGUAGGACGGUCCUGGAGGCCACAGACCAAACCAUGCCGGAAUGUUCCGAGGCCCUGCAGUUGCACCUCCCUGAUGUUCUGACUCGCUUGGAAAUGGCGAAUCACUUGGCACAAAGAGUCCAGCAGAGGGAGCUAGAGGCCCAAGAGAGCCCACGGCUGCAGCUGUGCAUGGACAGACACCGGCAGGACUGGGAGGGGUUCACGAAGGAGCAGACACUCCUCAAGGAGCAGGUGGACGAGGAGCACGCCAAGGCUGUGGGCCGCCUCAGUGCCCAGUACGGCGAGAUGAAGAAGGAGCUGGCCAAGAUGGCGCAGCUCUGAAGAAGCAUCUUUGUGAUAGUUUGGAGGGUUUUCUGAGCUUAAAUCAGCUUUUUGGGCUGAGACCCCAGAAAGAUGUACAGGCGAAUAAAGGACUAAUGUGUUCAGUGCAAUUAGUCUCUGUGGACUGAGGCGUCCCUGAGGAGGAGCCUGAACACGGGUGACAUUCCAGGAUGGUCUGGUGCCUCUCUGCGAUCUCUGCAUAAUUGAGGUCUUACAGCUUCUGGCAGCACUGCAUCCUGCUGAUGAUAAGCAGCAUCAUCCUACGUCAUGUGGUCAGAUCAUUCCAGACUGCAGACCAGGUGUCAGUCACGGCAGCCAGCCAGUUACUGACUCUUAUUUUAGAAGCCACUUGGGAUGUAUUUGCCCUGAACCGUGUUUGUUUGUGCACUCUGAUGGUCACAUACAUUCCCUGUUUGUUACCAAACAUAAUAAAGUUUGGCUUCCGUGCAGCA